AUGAAGUCUUCAAGUGCGAUGUCAUUGUUACUGUUCCUAAUUCUAGACCGGAAUAUUUUAAUUGAAACUAAAUCGCCCCAUGCUGGCAGUACUCGAGCGUCUCGCCAAAACAACAGAAUUUUCCAUCCUAAAAGCAUAUUUUUCAAUCGUUCCCUUAUUUCCGUACCGACUGUGACUCUGUCAAGUUCAACAACUGUUACUCAAACCGACACGACGAGUACUGUAUGCGCUAAGUUAGUUAACGUCACUGGACCUUGUCUAAGACGGAGGGGAGCCUGGGUCGAAGAACCCAUCGUCCUCAGUUUUCACGGAGAUUUUGACGAUACAUUUGACCUCAUGUAUUCAUCCGUUCUCGGGGUAGAGACAACCCCAGCACCGGAGACUACGACAUUUGAUGAGCCCCAAACGAACGAUUAUACCUCUACGACGGUCGCUUCGUCCCUUCAAACUGAUGACCAUGAAUAUCAAAGACAGAGCGGUUUGCCAUUUGAUUUCAUACGAGGUGUUAGCCGCUGGUUCAGUUCCAUUUUCACGCAAUUCAUCGUGACGACGAUAACGAAAACGAAAACUAGCAUCGUUCAACAGGUACCAACCAACACGGUUAUUUUCCACCAAACCAUCACUGUCACUCGCAAAGUUACCGUUGUAAACACAGUCUUCGUUCAACGGUGCACCCCAUCUCCAUUUCCCUUUUCACUAUGUCACGAAAAGAAACUCCAGUCUUUAUUCAAGGUGUAGUUACUUAGAAGGUGUGCACGUAUAUAUAUGUUUCUUGCAAACAAUUUGAAAAUCUUUCUUGAAAAGUAUUUUGGGGUUUUUUGUAAGUGUUUGUCCAAUGUGGGUGCGUUAACCAAGUCAAAUAAGAAACUGUUUAUCAAUGUCUCUUCCUGUUACAUAGCUGCUGUAUGAGUUUCCGCAAUCUCGAUGUAGACAAACUAACACAUGAUUUAGCUUUGUCGUAUAUUUAAUGUUGUAUUAUUUACACGAAAGAGGGAUCUUCUUUAAUAACUGACGUGAUCUUGUCAAAAUA